AUGGGAUCGCGUGAUGAUUCGAUAUGGAAGUUCCGUUAUGAGCAUCAACGGGUCGACGAUGUGACCAGUUCCAUGCCGGUGUUUCGGCAUCCGCUCCUUUCGUCUUUUCUACUGAAUAGGGAGCCUGCUCAAGAUGCGCAUGAACCGUGCAAAUAUGAUUUCAUUGAUCCAUUGGGCGCAACAGUUAAAGAAGACUCGGAAAAUAAUCUCACUCGAUUGGACUUGGACGCCGUAGAGGACAUUUCCCUUAGAAAGGAAAACAUUCUGGAUAAUACAUUGGAGACAAAACACAAGGAGGGGCCAAUAAGAGUCAAAAUAAGUUGCUUUUCUAGGUUGGAAAUACUUGAGGACAUGUCAGGUCUUCGACGAUUGUCAGAAACUUCUCAAAACGAGUUCGUCAGUCACGUCAACAAACUUCGAGAACUUUUGAUCACAGCUUGGCAGGAUAACAAAAGGAUAGAAGCUGUCCGGGUAGAUGCAAUUCUGGUUACUGAACUUGCACGUCUGUUGUCUGCUCCCACCACACCGUCGUUCUUCCCUGUUCAAUGGGUCCUUGUAACCGAUAUUCUUGACCUAUUCGGAAAGCUUGUAUAUGACCGUCUGUUUUUGAAAGCAAAUGAGGAAAGAAAGGCUGCUGGCUGUGCUGCCUUACAAAGUAAUUUUGUUUCUGAUGAUAUUCUAUCUGACACCACUGAAGUUGCAAGAAAUUGGUUUUGCAAGAUUGCUGACAUCAAGGAAGUAGUUCCACGAUUUUAUGUGGAAAGCACUCUAAUAGGUUGUUUGCGCUUUCUGGAUAGCGCUACACUAAGCGUAAAUCUUCUGAGGCUUACUAAAAUGGUCGAGAAAUUUCCACACCCCUUAUCAGCAGCAUAUGCGCGUGCCUAUAUAUGCAAAAUAUCUAUGAUUCUGGAACCAACUGAUCGAGGACCGCAUUGGAAAGCACUGAAUGACUGGAUGCAGCCUUUGAGUAGUACUGAUAAUGGCUUGAACUAUUUACUAUUCAGUUUUCUUUUGAGUCUAUCAUUUUAUGAUAAACGCCAGACAGAGUUCAUCGCACCAGCAUUGGAAUGGAUUGUGCAGUGUGUUUCCUACGGUGCAACAACGAUGGAAGAUCUCGGUCCAUUGUGGGAGUACUGCAAGCAGCCUGAGCAACUAGUUUCACUCCUACACCCGUUUGUGGUAGCAGUGUCACUCGAGUACCUCUCAAACUACUGCAUAGAAGUCUGUGAAAUUGUUAGUUCUCAUUUAUACUUUUCGGUAAAUGAACUGUCCGAUCUAUGCGAACUUAUAUUGGAGAAACUUCAUCUUUUCAAUGAUACAAAGGAAUAUUUCGCCAACUUGGCUGCUACUGUGGAAAAUCUUGUGUGUUGUGGUGCAGAAGAUCUCUUGUUGUUACUAGGGGCGAAGUCUUUUGUUAGUAUUUUGGACUAUAUCAGAGAUGAGCCUUAUGGAUCAUGUUGUGCGAAAGCUCUGCUAACCGCUGUUAUACGUUCUUUUCCUGUAGCUAGUGUCGAUAAUUUCCAUGUUAUAAACCAGAUUAUCGAGCAUUGCAGCCGCCUCUGCUUGUCAAUUCGACCAGACUCGAUUACAGAUGAGGUCCGUGUAAUAGAGCGUGUCGUUUCGUCAGCGCUGGAUCGUCCUUUCCUGCACGAUGAUCCAGAGCGGUAUCUCGCAUUCCUCGUCCGGGCUCGUUCAUCCCUAUAUCAGACCGAUACUAUCAUAGCACAUAUUAUAAAUUUGAUGAUAUCGCUUGGUUUCCAUUUCUUUAAUUCUCAGCGGUCGAAGAAAAAAGGAACCUUCAUGAGAGUUUUAAUCGCUAAUUUGUUCAUCACUAUACCGUCCCUCAACGAUCUAGUGAUGCGGUUUCAGUUUUCGCUGCAAACCGUUUACCUUAGCCUGCUGACAAACUCUGUGUCGCAAACAGAAGCGUUGUUGUUGUUUUCUUUGGAAACUCUAAACGAACUGACAUUGCCGCCACUUCAGUUGCUGUCUAUUUUUGCACAGUUUCUUGCCUUACUUGUUUAUGUACCUGAUAUUCCGCAAAAACCGUUGUUAUUCCUGUUCGAUUCUUUUUCCCAGGUCAUUCAAAGAAGAAAAUGGUGCCAAAACCAAGAAGAUUUGUUAGGUAGUGCAUGGAUUCUUUGCCUGCAAUAUCUAUGGGCGGUAUCUCAACCAGAUUUCACUGUUAAGUUCGCAAACGUUCAGUCGAAUGAUGUGUACUAUGGUUCUAGUGAGGCCUAUAGGAUGUCAGUGAUGGAGAAGGUGGAUUUCACAAUGCAGCAAGUGCUCUCUCUCAUUGAGGCACAGUCAUCUACAAAGCCAACUGUCGCACUCAGUUUGUUAGAAUUUGCUGUGAUGAGGCUAGAAAUUGAAGGACCCGUGGUGAAGUUGGUGUCGAAUCUUGUGAAGCGUUGCGCCAGGAGUGGUCAAUUCGAAUCGCGUGUGGUCCAUGUGAUUAAAGACUUAACGAAGUUGUCAGAAACGAAUGACGAAUUGAAACAAGCUUUGGUUAAGAUGAAGAUGUUGCUUGGUGAACAAGAUUCUUCACCUGAUGUCGAGGUCGAAGAGUUCCGCGAUUUGGUGAGGAAGCGUUCAGAUAUUGAAACGAAAAUGGAUUAUUUAGACGAGGAGGCAAAACAGGUGAAACUUGCUCUGGAAUUGCAAAAAAGCAUGACAGACUGCUACUCAAACCGUGCAUCAGAUUGUCCACUCCAGACAAGUAUUGAGGAAAAUUUGGUCGAAAUGUUCUAUAUACAAAAUGAAGCGAAAUAUAUCUGCAUAAAUCUUGGUGACGUGUUUCUUUCACUGAGAGACCACAUUUAUCAAGUGGAUAGUCCGUUGCCGGCAGUUGACAGAGAACUGUCGAAUGUUCUAGGUAGCUUCACGCUACAGCUCCCUUGUUGCCUUAUAGAUCUACUUGCCGGAUGCCCUGAUAAUGACGAUCCAGUCAAUGCACUGCGUGUUCUUUUGCCUAGGGAUCGAUUCCAGUCAUUACCAGCUGGAACGUCGUCUACAGAUGCGCUGCUUGUUCUGAACCAGUCACAAAAACAUCUACUACGUAUGGUCGUCACUAAAGAACAAUCUUUUUUCAUAGUCACUGUCACUUUACGGGAUUCUACUCUCAGAAAUCGUUUACGACAAGCAUUGCAGGUGCAUGUUAUUCACAUAGCAUCACGAAUUUUGAAACGUCCAUCAUCAAAUUCAUUAUCAAUUAUUGAUUGUAGUACUUUAAACGAGUUAUACGACAGCGUUAUAUUGUCAUUUUCAACGUAA